AUGCAAGUUUGUGCAAAGGCUGUGUGUGGGAAAUCAAAGAGGUUAACCAUGAGUGAACACAGAGGCCACAAGCAACAUGAUAUUGAUUUCAGCAAUCUACCUGAUUGUAUUCUUGAUCAGAUCCUGUCUUUUUUGCCCACAAAAGAUGCUGUAAAGACAUCUAUAUUAUCUACAAGAUGGAAGAACCUCUGGGUUUCUGUUCCCAAUAUUGAUUUUGAUGAUGCAUUGUUGUGUGCUAGAGAGGUUGAUGGUUGGCGUAGGCCUCAUGUGACUUCCUUUGUGAACUUUGUAGAAAGAGUUCUACGCUUAUGCAAUCCAUCAAAGAUGGAGAAGUUUCGUCUAUCAUGUCGUGUUUUCCGUGAUGCAUUUCAAAUACAUUCAUGGAUUUCUCAUGCAAUCAUGCACAAUGUUCAGGAGCUUGAUCUGUUUCUCUUUUCAAAGGAUCCAUCUAUGAUUCCUCGGUCUGUGUUUCAUAACACAUCAUUGGUUAGCCUUAAAAUAAGAAUGGAUUGUGCUAUUCAACUCCCAUCACAUGUUUCUUUUCCAUGCCUGAAAGCCUUGCAAUUGUCAUGUGUUCAGUUCCUGCAUGAUGAUUUUACAGAAACGUUUCUCUCAGGCUGCCCGGUUCUUGAAAAAUUGGUAUUAUUCAAUAACAGCUUUAAAUCGAACAUUACAAUUUCAAGUUCCUCCUUAAAGAGCUUGACUAUACGUGAUCUGUCAAGGUUUGGGGAAAUCGAUGAUCUUAGUGGCUGUAAGAUCAAGAUUGGUGCAGAAAAUCUUAUUUAUUUUGAAUAUAUUGGAUAUCUAUCCAACCAGAUUAUGUUUAGUGAUACAUCAUCUAUCGACAUAUCAUUCAUUAAUAUUCCAACUCACAAUGAGAGGCUACAGAAAGUUGCAAACCGAGCUAUUUAUCUACUUAAACAACUACGAUAUGUCGUGUCUUUGAGGUUAUCUAAUCUUACCUUGCAGUCUUUUAUUUGCAGAUAA